GUUUUUUAUACUAACUUCAAAACGAUGUCAUUACAAUCUAAAUUGAAACGCAAUUUAGAGAGCAUUAAGCAAAAUUUAUCCCAAAUAAAUUCUGAACAAAACAGUGAAGUAAAUUCAAAAUUUUUUCGCAAUAAUGAAUCAGACCGUUGUACAUUUUACCAAAAUCCUUAUUCAUCAAUACCAGAAAAGUUUAUUGCAAUUAUAUUUAAAAUGAAUACAAUGUUAAAGGAAAUAAGUUUUUCAUCGCCAGUUGAUUACAUUUAUAAUCCAACUGAAUAUGCGUUUAAUAAUCUAUCUAUGUAUAUCCAUAAAUAUUGUUCAAGUCCAAAGGAAAUCAUGUUUUUGGGCAUGAAUCCUGGACCAUGGGGUAUGUCACAAACAGGGGUACCGUUCGGCGAAAUUUCUAUCACAAGAGAUUGGCUACAAAUAUCUGGCCCAGUGAAUAAACCACCACGUGAAUUAAGUCUUCGUCCUGUUGACGGAUUUAACUGUACUCGUACCGAAGUUAGCGGAAAACGGUUUUGGGGAUUGUUUAAAGAACUGUGUGGAACGGCAGAUAACUUCUUUCAGUAUGCGUUUACGUAUAAUUACUGUCCGUUGGCUUUAAUGAAAAGUGAUGGCAAGAAUGUUACGCCAGCUGAUAUAAGGGGACCUGCAUCAAAACAACUUAUACAAAUCUGUGAUCAAGCUUUAUGCGAAGUACUUGCAUUAAUGAACGUGAAAAUUGUUGUUGGAGUAGGUCGCUAUGCAGAAAAACGAGCUAAAACAGUAAUCGAUGAACAUUCAAUGCAGGGGCUACAAGUAUUGUUUCUUACACACCCAAGCCCAAGAGUUGUCGGCAGUGAACAUUGGCACGAGAAUACAAUAAAGCAUCUACAAGAUUUAGAUUUGCUCAAAUAUUUUCAGAAAACAAUCUAUAUUAAAAAAAUGGAUGCAAAAGAUUCAGAAUAUAUGCAAGUAGCCCUUAACUAUGCUAAAGAAGCCCUAAAUGCACAAGAAGUACCAGUUGGCUGUAUUUUUAUUUACAAAGGUUUCAUAAUUGCAAGUGGACGAAAUACGGUAAAUGAAACUAAAAAUGCAACUCGUCAUGCCGAAUUCAAUUGUAUUGAUCAAGUUUAUGAAUAUUGUCGACUGAAUAAUUUACUUGUUGAUAAAGUUUUCCAAACGAUCGAUGUUUACGUUACCGUUGAACCUUGUAUAAUGUGUGCAGCUGCAUUAUUUGAAACUGGAAUACGAACAAUUGUUUACGGGUGUAAAAAUGAUCGAUUUGGUGGUGAAACUGUUGUGAAUGUAUCAAAUUUUGUUGAAAAUAAUUGUAAAAUUAAAGGAGGGCUAUUUGCAGAUGAAGCUAUGGAAUUAUUAAAAGAAUUUUAUAAGGGUGUAAAUCCCAAUGCACCUAAGCCGAAUAUUAAAGACCAAAUUUUUAUUUUUAUUCUUAAAAUAAUGUCGCUACAAGGGGAAUUUCUCGAUAUUGUCAAGGAAAUGAAUGAAAAAUUGAAAAAAAUUAAGUUUCUAGAACCCAUUGAAUAUAUUUACAACCCAACUGAAUACGCUUUUCAUACAUAUUCUAUGUACAUAGAAAAAUAUGGUUCAACCCCAAAGAAGAUAAUGUUUUUGGGCAUGAAUCCAGGACGCUGGGGUAUGGUACAAACUGGGGUACCAUUUGGGGGAGUUUCUGUAACAAAAAAAUGGUUAAAAAUUUCUGGACCAGUGAGUAAACCAGUACAUGAGUCACCUGGUUGUCGUGUUACAGGAUUUGAUCAUAACACGUUUGAAAUAAGUUCACGACGUUUCUGGGGUUUUUUUCGAAAACGGUGUAAAACUCCUAAAAGGUUUUUCAAAAAUGCAUUUAUAUACAACUAUUGCCCGUUGGCUUUUUUGAAAAAAAAUGGUUAUAAUUUCACACCCGAAGAAAUAAAAGAGCCAUCAACCGCAUUAAAAGAAUUAACAGAAAUUUGCGACGAGGCCUUAUAUAAAUUACUGUUGUUAUUGAAAGUGGAAAUUGUUGUUGGCAUAGGUCGCUUUGCAGAAAAACGAGCAAGAGCAGUAAUUAGGGAGCAUUCAAUGCAGAACAUACGAGUUAUCUAUCUUUUACAUCCUAGCUCAAGAGUAGAGUAUAAUAAAAAAGUCAAGUGGGCAGACACUGCAAAUCGGUUUCUAAGGUCUCAAGGUUUAUGCCAAUAUUUUAAAUAAAGCACAGAGUAUUUGUUGAAAAUAAAUAUAAUAUUUUAUUUUAUCUAUGUGCGUUGGUUGCUAAAUUAAAUUGAUGUUACUUCCUUGGUUACUUGUUUAUUAAAAUUGUCAUUCACGAUAUAUUUAUGUGCGUUGCUAAAUUAAAUUGAUGUUACUUCCUUGGUUACUUGUUGAUUAAAAUUGUCAUUCACGAUAUAUUUAUGUGCGUUGCUAAAUUAAAUUGAUGUUACUUCCUUGGUUACUUGUUUAUUAAAAUUGUCAUUCACGAUAUAUUUAUGUGCGUUGCUAAAUUAAAUUGAUGUUACUUUCUUGGUUACUUGUUUAUUAAAAUUGUUAUAUCCACGAUAUAUCUUUUGUAAUGAAUGUAUGUUCUGA